UAGAUGAAAUUCGCAAGUUUUCACUCGGGAAUAAACUGAGGGUGGGAAUCUUUGGUCGAGAUGCCUGUGUCCAAACUGAUGUCUCUGAAUUACCCACAAUCAAGUUACUGUCUGACAACACUGCUGGACUCGUAAGGGAUAUGGAUAUCCUGAAAAAAGACAUUGCUUUGAAAAUGAAGUUCAUACAGGCACACUAUGAGUCCAGACUUCAGCAAGAAGCAGAGUCUUUGUUUACCAGAAUUAAUGACAAAGUGAAGUGUUUAGAGAAUCUUCAUAAGGAGAAAAUAAAUGUUCUUCGGAGAAGUUUUCGACAACAAUUUAGUAAUGCUAUCCAUGUGGUAGGAGCCAGCUGCAAGAAUUACUACCUCAAAAAAGAAGAAAAUGUUUUAACUGUUGCCACUGACACAGAAAGAUGGAAAGAUCUGAUGAAUGAAAUCCAAGAAAAGAACUUUAAGAUAGAGUGCAUGAGUGAACAACUCAGGGGAUUUGAGGAGAGAGUCUUGACAACGAUCAGUUCCGAGGAUGCGGAGGACCCGGAGAAAGAAUGGCUAAGAGAAGAAAAUAAAAAGCUAAAAGAAGACGUUGACUCUAUGCACAUUGUCAUGGAGCAGGUCUGCAAUUCUUUGGAUGCUAAAGAGCAGCAGUUGGAAGAUCUAGCCCAUAAUUUAACUGAUGUCAAAGCAAAGUUAGAGAUUGAGAAGAAAGCCCUGCGUAAGAUGACCAGUGAUUAUGAACAUGUUAAAGCACAACUCAGUGUUGAGAACGAUUCCACAAAAAAGAAGAUGGAUUUGCUGAAACAAGGGCUGGUAAAAGAAAUCCAAAACAUUGAAGACCUCCGAAAGAGUGAGAAACAUGCUGUGGAAGAGGGUGUUGUAGCUCCACUGACUCCAGAUAAGGAGAAACAGGAAAAAAAAGUUUGGACUACUCAGGAGGCUGUCUUAAAAACUCGAACUGCAAAAAAACAGACUGGGGUUGUCGAAGCGGGUGGGGAGUUGAUCCAACAUCUCCAUGAGCUGAAAAGGGUUGAGACGGUACAGAAAAAACAAAUAGAGAGACUCCAGAAGCAGUUGUUUCGCUCCAAUGGAAUAUGGGAGAAGAAAUUUGAGAUUCUAAAGGCGAGCUUUCAUGCCAUCAAGGAUGAGAUGUUCCUGCGACAGACGUUGCAGCGACAGGCAGCGUCACUGCAACACGCCUCAGUCAGCUACACGUCAAUCCUUAGGAAGACUGGUAAGAUGAACGCAGGCUGGUGUCAGUGUCCUAAUGCUACCCUUAUGGACAGUCCUGGUUCUUACCAACGUCCUGUGUAUAAUGGAUUUAAAAGGCCAACCAGCUUUGCCACAGGGACACCUCUGCCCGGCAUAGGUACUGGUGUUUCUCAGAAGCCUGAAAGGACCACCAAGGCCAUGAACAUCGGUGGAUUGAGUGGCAGAGAAACAGAUGGUUCAGAAUUCCAAAGGAUGUGUGGUGAAGACAGUAAACAGGCUGGUGAAGAUGGUGAACAGGGUGAUGAAGAGGAGCUUCAGGAGAUUCUCCCUCUUCCUCCCCCUCCGUCUCGUAUCAGGCAAACAGCAUCCCUCACAGCUGCAAUCUGCAAUCCCUCAAAAUGAGAAAACUAUACCGACGAUGUUUAUGCCUUAUGCAGACAAUUAAACGAAUUAGGAAGUUACAUCCAGAUUUCAGUCAAUCAUGUUUGUUCCUAUGACAAAAAACAACAAAAGCAUUUGUCUUUGCUCUGAGGAAGUGAGAGCAAAGUAUUGGCAUUCAUUUACUGUCAUGAAUAAAUUCAGAGGGCAUUUUGUGUGGGUGGAAUAAUGCCAGAUUGAAUAGUGAAAACCUCCCUAACUGUAUUCAGUCCUUUACCAGAGCUGAGUAUGCCUUGUGGAUAUUCUUUAGCUUUCCGCAUGCCUCAUACAGCACAAAACCAUUGGAAUGCAAGGCUUUGGAGAUACACUCAAUAGCUCUGUGACCAUAGUCACAAUGAGUGUUUAAGGGCUCUAAUACACACAGGCUUUCAGAUAUCCCCUCAGUGAAAGAUGAGGGGACGGAAACAUGCCUCAGCACAUAGCAUUAUGCUUUCUAGUGUGUUUUACUUCCUAUCUAAUAAAUGAAAGACACCAAGUCAGUUAUGUUGAUGAUUUCCAUCAGUAUGUGUUUCUGGAUUUAUAUUUUCGGGUGGAUAUUUCCCAGCAUACGGUAACAGUUCAUUUUUUCUUUUACUAUUUCAGUGGAUGGGAUCUUAGCAGGAUACAGAAACUUCCUUAGUUAAGAGAAUAUCCAAGCAACCAUGUCCCACUUUUCUCUCACUUUCCCAUGGCUUCCUGAAGAAAAAACAAACCCCCACAGUCCACUGCUGCAGGCCCCUUUCAUGUCAAACCUCAUGACAUUAAACGACAAGCUUAUAAUCAAUUAGCAAUUUCCCCGUUCAAUUGAAUGUCAUUUAUUACUGAUGAUGGUUGCAAUAUGACUCCCUCUUUCACUGUGCCAGAGUCCUCUUUAUAGAGAUUAUGUGAUUAUGCAUUACCUCCUUGUUAUUAUCAACAGUCAGUCAUUUGGUGACUUUAAUAAGACACGUUUACAUUCUCGUCUGGCAUUCAAACUGGUCUGUAGCCUAACCGUGUUGUCAUAGAAACUGCUGGCAUAUAUAUAUUAUGUCCCUUAACUGUCUCAGGAGGGUUUCUCAGUCAGUAUGCUGCCUUCUCUUUCAGAGCUUUUGCAUUGGUUGUAAAACAACAAAGUGGGGAAUUUUUGUGUUCGACUCAAAGUAAUUACUUCCCUUAAAUGCUGGAUAAAUAGCAAUUGCUGGUAUGGUGGAGUCCAGCAGAGUUUCAGCAUACAGGGUUAAUCAGAGUCAGUGCGGGCUGGAAACCUUCCCAGCACCAUGGCUCUCUGCCAUCUUAACCAGUCCCCCAAGCUUAUGGUCACUACAGAACUGCUCAGUUAAAGUUUUAUCAUUUCAUACAGCCCUCAGGAGUAGAAGUAACCAUUGUUCAUAACACAAGAUAAAUAUAGCCACUGUCUGCAUACACAAUCCCUACAAAUUAUAAUAUUAUUUGCUACUUUUAUUGCUGAUUGAUUUUGAUGUUCUUCUGCUAUUCCAACAUUAAAUAUUAGAUGUAUUUCCUGAAUAGCUGAGUAUAUGGUCACUUUU